AACCAAAUAAAAAAUCCGCCCCCAUGGAAGCAGCUCUGAUGAGAAUCUUCAAGCUAUCGUUCCUUCUCAGCCUUUUCUCCGGAGACUCUGACGUCUUCGGUUCUCGUACCCUAUCCGAUCUCGUUUCUGGACCAGUUGGGAAGUUUCCACCGUCUUGUAACAGGAUCGAGUGUCCAAGCUACGACUUGGUCAACUCCACUAACAGCUACGAGAUUCGCCGUUACAAUACUUCCAUGUGGAUUUCAACAGAACCUAUGAAAGAGACCUCUCUCGUCAAAGCUACACGUACCGGUUUUAGCCAAUUGUUCGAUUACAUUCAAGGGAAUAAUGACUAUCACCAGAAGAUAGAGAUGACAGCUCCAGUUAUCGUUCAAGUCUCUCCAAGCAACGGUCCUUUAUGUGAAUCCAACUUCACUCUAUCAUUCUACGUUCCUAAACAAAACCAACCUAAUCCAGCUCCGGCAAAGAACCUACACGUACAGAGAUGGGACGAGAGGUACGUUGCCGUGAAGCAAUUCGGCGGAUACGUGUCAGAUAACAGCGUCGGAGAAGAAGCAGCAGAGCUGCAGGCGAGCCUUAAUGGUACCGUAUGGGGCAAGGCAAUUGCUAAAAGCAGAGAAACAGGUGGUGUUGGAUCGACUUCGGCUUACAUGGUGGCGCAAUACAACUCACCGUUCGAGUUCUUUGGUCGGGUCAAUGAGAUUUGGUUGCCGUUUCAGAUGGACAAAUGA